AGCUUUUAGAGCUAGCAGAAAGAAGCACAACCCAAUUCUUCACUUUACAAAGAACUUUGUUUAUUUGCAAGAAUUCAGGAAAACUUUGGUACAAAACUCUUCUACGAAAGGACUUGAAGGUUUACACUAAGAAAGCAAGAGAAAUUGGUUGCUUGGUUCCAUAAGAAAAAUGGCAGGCAGGAAGAAACAUUUACUGAAAGUGAUUAUUCUUGGUGAAAGCGGUGUAGGAAAGACAUCGAUUAUGAAUCAGUAUGUCAAUAAAAAGUUCAGCAAGGACUAUAAAGCCACCAUUGGCGCUGAUUUCCUUACGAAAGAAGUAUUAGUAGAUGACAAGGUGGUUACAUUGCAGCUAUGGGACACAGCUGGACAGGAGCGUUUCCAAAGCUUAGGCGUUGCCUUUUAUCGUGGUGCUGACUGCUGUGUUCUUGUAUACGAUGUUAAUAACAGCAAGUCUUUUGAAACCUUGGACAGUUGGCGUGACGAAUUUCUUAUUCAGGCUUCGCCAAGCAAUCCUGAAACCUUUCCCUUUAUUUUGAUUGGCAACAAAGUAGAUGUGGAAGAAAAAAAGAGAAUGGUUUCCAAAUCAAAGGCUCAAGCUUAUUGCCAAGAUAGAGGAGAAAUCCCUUAUUUUGAAACCAGUGCCAAGGAAGCUAUCAAUGUUCAAGAAGCCUUCGAAAACGUUGCUCGUCUGGCGUUGGAGAACUCGGAUGCUGAAGAUGCUGCUGGCGAUUUUGCUGAUCCUAUUCACUUGGAUAUGGAAAGUCAGAAGGCCACUUGCUCUUGUUAAAUUAAGCUUCACUUUGCCCUUCCCUCCACAUUUCCUCUACUAUACCUCGGUUAUCAUUUUAUGGAGACGAAAUGACCAUAAGCAAUUCUUAUUUUUAUGUUAUAAAGUGUUUGUUAUCUCUACCUCUUCAUUGGUAAUAACGUUAAAAAAUCUCGGAAUCAUGAUAGAUUACGGGUAUCGUUCUUAUUUCCAUCAGCUUACACUUUGUUUAUUAAUGAUUUAAAACUUCAUACACUUACAAUCCCUUUUCUUUUAUUAAUACAUCCUGUUUACUUUUGAAAGAUUUACAAUAAGUACUGUUACACAAACAUACUUUUUUUUUUUUUU